AUGCCAUUCAAUUCAUUCAAGUUGGAUGUUGCAGAAAACCGUCUAUUUCAAUACUUUAAAUCCACCGCAUCCUGCUCUUUAACAACAUUUGGCCAUGACCCAACCAAUGUGGGCAACAUGCUUAUUCGCAUGGCUCUCGUCAAUGAUGCCCCAUCUACUGCUGCAGUGCUGUACUCUUUGCUCGCGUUGUCUUCACUGCACCGUUCUGGGCUGCACUCACAGGCUGCCGAGCUCAAGAUUGCUGCCUUAAAAUUCCUAGGCGUCGCAUCAAAUUGUGAAAUCGGUACCAUGGAAGCAAUUCAGCAUGUUGCUGCGGGGAUGCUCUUAUGCUCAUUUGAGAUUUACCAGGCAUCAUGUACCUCUGGCCAAUGGCGAUCGUAUAUUAUCGGCGUCAAAAAUGUCAUCAAAGCCUCGCCUCUAGACACAUCCAAAAGAGAUAGCGACUUCAAUGCCUUGCUUGACUGGGUAUACUACCAUGAUGUAUUAUCCCGUUUCAGUAUUACACAUUGGCACCCACCGGCGAUCGACAGACCUCUUGUGUGUUUGGAAGAGCCGGUAGGCAUCCCAUCGCCGCCAGUGAAUACCGAUCCCUGUAUGGAGAUUACAUACUCAACCCAGUCUCCCUUCAAUAAAGUUCUGAAGUCUUUGACUGAGGUCUGCAAUUUAGUCGCAACAAAACCAUCCUAUGACUCUCCAUCCGGAAAAGCCGAGGACUUUGAAAACUACCUGAAAAUCCUAGCAUGGAGGAUCCGGUCCAUUCCGACCUCGGACACAAUAAUUGACGAGAAUCCGAGCAUGGUGACUCUUGUGGAACUCUUCCAACUAGCCACUCUCAUUUACCUUAACCGAGCAUUUGGGAAUAUCCUAGAGCCGGCUACGGAAACUCAAAAACGGAUUGAGCGAGCUUUCGAGAGGAGGGAUUCGUCGCGGUCCCUAUUUCUGACCAAAAAGUUGAUUCAAGCUAUAUGGGCUCAAGACGACCUUUCCCAGGGCGAGAUUGACUAUACUAAAAAGCUCAGUGCUAUCCUAAGCUGUUGCAAUAUUUUGCCUACUUUUGUCUAA